GCCUCCUUUCCUUCCCCUGCCCUGACUUCUGAAAGAAUGCUGCGGAGAGGAGGAAGGAGAGUACCCUGGCUCCUGGCAGCAGAGCCCCACGGUGACAGGACCUAGCAGUCACCCUUCUCUUCUGCUCUGAGUGGGAGAAGACUUUAGGGACCUGUUUCAUGGACAUUAUUAUAUUCUUCUCAGAGUACCCAGCAAGAGGUUUGCAAAGAGGAGUUAUUCAACGAACUUGGCACUUCUCCAGAAGGAGGAGGACAAGAUGACAAAGUCUGGGGAGGCAGUGACAUUCAAGGACGUGGCUGUGGUCUUCUCAGAGGAGGAGCUGCGGCUGCUGGACCUUACCCAGAGGAAGCUGUACCGAGAUGUGAUGCUGGAGAAUUUCAGGAAUGUAGUCUCAGUGGGGCAUCAGUCCAUACCAGAUGGUCUACUCCAGUCAGAGAGAGAAGAAAAGCUGUGGAUGAUGAAGACAGCAACCCAGAGAGAUAAAUCCUCAGGAGGCAAGCAUCUAAAAGAGAUGGAGACUCUUCAAGAGGUAGGAUUAAGGUACCUGCCUCAUGAAGAGCUUUUCUGCUCCCAGAUCUGGCAACAGAUUACAAGAGAAUUAACCAAGUAUCAAGAUUCUGUGGUAAAUAUUCAAAGAACAGGAUGUCAGUUGGAAAAACGAGAUGAUUUGCACUAUAAAGGUGAAGGGUUCAGUAAUCAGAGUUCCCAUCUUCACGUUCACCACAGAGUCCACACUGGUGAAAAAUCCUACAAAGGGGAACAUUGUGUGAAAAGUUUCAACUGGAGCCCCCGUCUUCAAAUUAACCAAAGGGCUUAUGCAGGAGAGAAGCCCUACAAAUGUGAAAAAUGUGAUAAUGCCUUCCGUCGGUUUUCAAGUCUUCAAGCCCAUCAGAGAGUCCACAGUGGAGCAAAAUCAUACAUAGAUGAUGCGACUUAUAUGAGUUUCAGUCAGAGGUCACAUCUUCACCAUCAUCAGAGAGUUGCUACUGGAGAGAAUCCAUACAAAUAUGAAGAAUGUGGGAGGAAUGUUGGGAAAAGCUCACAUUGUCAAACUCCUCUGAUAGUUCAUACAGGAGAGAAACCCUAUAAAUGUGAGGACUGUGGGGUGAGCUUCAGUCAGAGAUCAUAUCUUCAAGUUCAUCUGAAAGUUCACACUGGAAAGAAACCGUAUAAGUGUGAAGAGUGUGGGAAGAGCUUCAGUUGGCGUUCACGACUGCAGGCUCAUCAGCGAAUCCACACUGGCGAGAAGCCAUACAAAUGCAAUGCCUGUGGUAAGAGCUUUAGUUACAGCUCACACCUUAACAUUCAUUGUAGAAUCCACACAGGAGAGAAACCCUAUAAAUGUGAGGAAUGUGGGAAAGGUUUCAGUGUGGGUUCACACCUUCAGGCCCAUCAAAUAAGCCACACGGGAGAGAAACCAUACAAAUGUGAGGAGUGUGGGAAAGGCUUCUGCCGGGUCUCAAAUCUUCUGGACCAUCAAAGAGGCCAUACUGGAGAGAAACCAUAUCAGUGUGAUGCAUGUGGUAAGGGCUUCAGUCGUAGCUCAGAUUUUAACAUUCAUUUUAGAGUCCAUACAGGGGAAAAACCCUAUAAAUGUGAAGAGUGUGGCAAGGGCUUCAGCCAGGCCUCAAAUCUUCUGGCCCAUCAAAGAGGCCACACUGGAGAGAAACCCUACAAAUGUGGUACAUGUGGGAAGGGCUUCAGUCGGAGCUCAGAUCUUAAUGUACACUGUAGAAUCCACACAGGAGAGAAACCCUAUAAAUGUGAGAAGUGUGGUAAGGCCUUCAGUCAGUUCUCCAGCCUUCAGGUGCAUCAGAGAGUCCACACUGGAGAGAAACCGUAUCAGUGUGCAGAGUGUGGGAAGGGCUUCAGUGUAGGUUCACAGCUUCAAGCUCAUCAGAGGUGCCACACUGGAGAGAAACCCUAUCAAUGUGAGGAGUGUGGAAAGGGCUUCUGUCGGGCCUCAAAUUUUCUGGCACAUCGUGGAGUCCACACAGGAGAAAAACCAUACCGAUGUGAUGUGUGUGGUAAGCGCUUCAGGCAGAGAUCCUACCUUCAAGCCCACCAGAGGGUCCACACAGGAGAGAGACCAUACAAAUGUGAGGAAUGUGGGAAAGUCUUCAGCUGGAGCUCAUACCUUCAAGCCCAUCAAAGAGUUCACACUGGAGAAAAACCAUACAAAUGUGAGGAGUGUGGGAAGGGCUUCAGUUGGAGCUCAAGUCUUAUCAUUCAUCAGCGAGUUCAUGCUGAUGAAGGUGACAAAGACUUUCCUUCAUCAGAGGAGUCACACAGGAAAGAAACUCAAUAAAAUAUGUUUUACUCUCUUAGAUGGGUGCUGAAAUGUUUUAAUUAUCAGAGCUAUCACAGACAAAACAUUUAUUUUAUAGAGUCAAUAGUUCAGCCAAAUGACUGGGAGACCACACAGCAGAGAAGCUUCACAAGAGUGGAGAUAUACAGACUGCAUUCAAAACACUGACCAUUAGCUGUUACAUGCAAACAAGAGAAUUAGGAAGGAUGAGUCUGAUCUGGACUUAACCAGAAGUACUUAGAUGGAAAUGCUGAACUCUGUUCCAGUAGAAUAUAAGCUCCAAGAGGGUAGAGCCUUUGUUGACUGCCAAAUCUACUUUGCCUUUUCAGUGCCUAAACUAAUUUUUCAGUAAUAUUUGAAAUUACUAUUAUAUUUGAAAUUCAGGCAUAUUUGACAUUUUUAUUAUUUAUCUCUAAAAAUUUCUCUAAAAUUGUACUCAGAAGAAUUCUGCAAGGCUUGGAGGACAUAUGUUAGCCAUAUGGCCUGAUUUUCCCGUGUUUGCAGGUCUUAUGGAGGAGUAUCAAACUGAAGGUUGCAGCUUGUUAAUGGGUACAGAAAUCAGUUUCUGGGGCUAGCAACUAGAAGUUUUGUAUGUUAACAGUACUUUAUUGAGGUGUAAUCUGCAUGCAAUUACAUGCACAAAUUUCAAGUUUAUGUCUUCCUGAAUUUUGAUAAAUGUAAUCAUCACCAAGAUCAAUGUAUACAAUAUCUCUAUUAAACCAAAAAUUUUCUUGUGCCCAUUUCCAGUCA